CCUUGUUGGUACACACCUCCUCCCAUUCUUUCCCACAAGUCAUUGCAAUCAUGCAGCCAUUUGUGACUCGUCUCGCUUUGCGCGCACCGCGCAGCGGCCUUAGACAAGCUCGCGGCUUGUCCACCGUCGCAAAGGCAGCUGCUCCUGCUGCUCGCCCCGCUCUCAGUCAAGCGACUCGUGCAGCCGCAGCCGCUCCUGCCAUCCCCAAGAUCGCCUCCGCUGUCCAAACCCGAGGCAUGGCCAAGACUCCAGAUGCAUCCUCCGGCAAGGGCCAAACUGGUCAAGUCAAGGCCGUCAUUGGUGCCGUCGUCGACGUCUCCUUUGACAGCGACGAGCUUCCCGCUAUUCUCAAUGCUCUCGACGUUCAGGAUGUCAUUGGUGGCCAGCGCCUCGUGCUCGAAGUCGCGCAGCACCUGGGAGAGAACACUGUCCGCUGCAUCGCCAUGGACGGUACGGAGGGUCUCGUCCGUGGCCAAAAGGUCAUCGACACUGGUCUCCCCAUUCAGAUCCCUGUCGGACCUGGAACGCUCGGCCGUAUCAUCAACGUCAUCGGUGAGGGUAUUGACGAGCGUGGCCCAGUCAAGGGAGCCAAGCUCUCGCCCAUCCACGCCGAGCCUCCCGAGUUCAUCGAGCAGUCCACCGAGGCCGAAGUCCUGGAGACUGGUAUCAAGGUCGUCGACCUCCUCGCUCCUUACGCUCGUGGUGGAAAGAUUGGUCUCUUCGGCGGUGCCGGUGUCGGCAAGACUGUGCUCAUUCAAGAGCUCAUCAACAACAUCGCCAAGGCACACGGUGGUGUCUCCGUAUUCACUGGUGUCGGAGAGCGUACUCGUGAGGGUAACGACUUGUACCACGAAAUGAUCGAGACUGGUGUCAUCAACCUGGAGGGCGAGUCCAAGGUGGCGCUCGUGUUCGGUCAGAUGAACGAACCUCCUGGUGCACGUGCCCGUGUCGCCUUGACCGGUCUUACCAUCGCAGAGUACUUCCGUGACGAGGAGGGUCAAGACGUGCUGCUCUUCAUCGACAACAUUUUCCGUUUCACCCAGGCUGGUUCAGAGACCUCGGCCUUGCUCGGUCGUAUCCCCUCGGCCGUCGGUUACCAGCCCACCCUCUCCACGGACAUGGGUGGUAUGCAAGAGCGUAUUACCACCACCAAGAAGGGAUCGAUCACCUCCGUGCAAGCCGUCUACGUGCCUGCCGAUGACUUGACGGACCCUGCUCCCGCCACCACCUUCGCCCACUUGGACGCCACCACCUCGUUGUCUCGUGGUAUCGCCGAGCUGGGUAUCUACCCCGCUGUCGACCCUCUGGACAGCAAGUCUCGUAUGCUUGACCCCUCCAUCGUUGGACGUGAGCACUACGACGUCGCCACUGGUGUGCAAAAGAUCCUGCAAGACUACAAGUCUCUGCAAGACAUCAUCGCCAUUCUGGGCAUGGACGAGUUGUCCGAGCAAGACAAGCUCGUCGUCGAGCGUGCUCGUAAGAUUCAACGUUUCCUCAGCCAGCCGUUCGCCGUCGCAUCCGUCUUCACUGGUAUCGAGGGCAAGCUUGUGCCUUUGAAGGACAGCGUGCGAUCUUGCAAGGAGAUUCUCGAGGGCAAGCACGACAACUUGCCAGAGGGAGCUUUCUACAUGGUCGGCGCCAUUGAGGACGUCAUUGCCAAGGCUGAGCAGAUGGCCAAGGAGAACUAAGCGGGAAGGAAAUCGGAUAGAUUCACACACAAGUCUUCAGCGCUAGCCUGAUUCUUCCUAUCUUCGCCCCCUCCCCUUUCCUUGUUCCUCCGCUACACUGUUUUUGACCCAAGCAAGCGCAAAACGAUCCAAUAGCCAAUAAAAUGUCUUGACGCUCGA